AUUUGGAAUUCUGAAUCUCAGAAAUAAGGUAAUAAUAAAUGCAGACCUAAUUUACCACGCAAGGGUAUUAGGCUACAGCGCUCCCAUUAGAAAAAUUGGGUUUUUCCGGCAGGUGCACGAAAUAUUCGUGUCUCACGCUCAUUACAGUGACACGUAAUCACCGGUGCCCUAGGGAGAAAUCAUCUACAUCCCUGCUGCAUCAGGCAGAAGCUCUGAAAUGAGAAGCAGAGGAUGAAGAAGUACUUUCUGGUUCGGGCCAUGACUGAGGCCCAAGCCCGAAACGGAACCCAAUUAUUCCCAUCCAACCGCUCUCUAUGCACUUCUUCCAAUUCUUCCGACUUGGCGCUAAAGAAUGUGACGAAGUCCAACUUCGAACCGGCGCUAGCCGAGCUUCGGAGUCACGUUAGGGAAGCCGACUUCGUGUCUAUCGACUUGGAGAUGACGGGGGUUACAAGUGCCCCAUGGCGAGAGUCAUUCGAGUUCGACCGGUCCGAUAUCCGGUACCUCAAGGUCAAAGACUCCGCCGAGAAAUUCGCUGUCGUACAGUUCGGUGUCUGCCCCUUUCGCUGGGACUCGAAGAAUCACUCUUUCAUUGCUCAUCCGUAAGUUUGUGCGCGCGCGCGCUCUUAAUCAUGAUGCUAUAA